CACUGAGGAUAUGCCAUGUUUGUAAGACAGUUUUUUUGGUUUCCAGUCUGUGUCAGGAAGCAGAGAUGACACAGUGGGUGACAGCGUGGUAACCCAUUUUCAACCCCUCGUCAGCUCAUGAGCAUCUGUCUGUAUUGCAAAAUAACACUGGGGAGGAAGGAAAAACCCUUCUGAGGUUUUCGGACUUUGCCGUCCUUCUGGCGCUGGGUGUGAGAGCGCCGGGAUAGACACCAUUACUCGGCCCCUCUCCUGGGAAAGCCCUGUCUGCUACCAUGUGCACGGCACUCCAGAUGCAUUUGCUUCCAGCCCAGUAAAACAUGGAGAGGAAAAACCCACCCAGAGAGAGCCCCAGGAGACCCUCGGCCAAACCGGGCAAAGGCGCGGAGGCGAAAAAGGGGGCUCGUCGACUGGGCACCGCAGCUGCCGAGUCAGACAAGGACUCCGGAUUUUCAGAUGGGGGUUCGGAAUGUCUGAGCUCGGCCGAGCGGAUGGACGCCGAGGACGUGCCGGGUGCCUCGGGCUGGAGCCGGCCGGACAGGCCGGGGCGGAACUCCAAGACGGCAGGCGGUGCCUUGCCCACGCUGUCCCCCAUGGUCGUCAUGAAGAACGUGCUGGUCAGACAGGGCGGCGGCUCCUCCCAGCUCCAGUCCUGGACUGUCCAGCCCUCCUUCGAAGUGAUCUCGGCACAGCCUCCGUUCUUGCUCCUCCAUCCAUCUGUCCCGUCUCCCGUCCGGCCCUGUCACGCUGGUGAGAAGAAGUCGGACUCCAGGAACUACUUGCCCAUUCUGAAUUCUUAUACCAAAAUAGCCCCACAUCCAGGCAAAAGGGGCCUUUCCCUCAGCCCCAAGGAAAGAGAACGUGGAACGCAGAAGAAAGUCUGCACUGAGAGACCCGGGCCGAGCUCGCCUGCCAGUGAGCCCACCCGGACUGAUGCUGUGUCUUCCAGUCCCCCACCUGCGGUGCCCCCCGGCACCAAGCUGGCAGAGGACGCAGCCCUGCCGGGUGUGCCCUCCCUAGCGGCAGGUGGAAGUCCACAGACUCUCCAGCCAGUGUCCAGCAGCCACGUGGCUAAAGCUCCCAGUCUGACCUUUGCUUCCCCCGCCAGUCCUGUCUGUGCCUCAGACAGCACUCCGCACGGGCUAGAGAGCAACUCCCCGCUCUCCCCGCUGCCAGCUAAUUACAGCUCGCCUCUGUGGGCCGCGGAGCACCUCUGCCGCAGCCCGGAUAUCUUCGCGGAGCAGCGGCAGAGCAAGCACAGGCGCUUUCAGAACACCCUAGUGGUCCUGCACAAGUCCGGCUUGCUGGAGAUCACUUUGAAAACCAAGGAGCUGAUCCGUCAGAACCAGGCCACUCAGGUGGAGCUAGACCAACUAAAGGAGCAGACGCAGCUCCUGCUAGAGGCCAUCAAGGGCAGGGCUCCGCAGGCUUGGGCCAAGCUGCAGGCGUCUCUAACGUCAGGGUCCAGUCAUACCGGCAGUGACCUAGACGCAUUCUCUGACCACCCAGACAUAUAGCGCAGAGGGCAUAGCUCCCUGUUACUCGAGUGGUUCUUCUCAACCCUUCGGCUGUUACCUUACUCCCAUUUCCCAAAGCUUGUAUAAGAGCUUCUCCUUCUAACCUAACCUGUUUGGCGGUUCACUUAUGAAGCCACCUGCCGAUACCUGGCUGCUGUCUUAACCUGUGGUCUAUGCACAGUUUACACACGUCUGUUCUGCGGAGGACCUCAGCUUCAGGGUGUCCUUGAGUCCCUCUUCCUUAGUCUGCAGGCACUCGGAUGGGUCACGGGGCAAAGCAGGAGAGAGGUGUGUGUGAGGUCCUUCUGAUUGCCGCCGCCCACCAUCCCACUCACUCCCCAUGAUCAGAGGUGCGGUGACGUGAAUGAGCGUACAGAGUGGUACCUGUCAGGCCAGGAGUGGGUGACAAGGAUCCCUUCACAGGUCUUCCCUGAUCGUCUUACAGAAAAGUCACAGAAAAGUGAGAGGAAGUGUGUGUGUGAUCCUGAGGCAUCUCGACGUCUGGACGAAGCCCGAAGCGCUUGGGGCACAGGUCGGGCGUGGGGUGCAAGCACUUAGUCACUUAAAGCUUUGCUUCUCAAACCCGAAAGCCAGGAGGAAAGGGCGGAUCCAUCUCACCCUUACACUUUCAUCACAAACCGGGUUUCUCUUUGCUCAGCCUGGCAGGCAAAUAGCUUCAGGGUUUAAAGUGCCAAACACACUCAGUACCACCUGGCCUCACAGCGGGUGAGUCACUCUUUUGACUUAGAGUCUGAAGGAAGACAUGGUCAGUAUCUCUCAGUCAGGAGCUGGAAGAUUCUGGUACUCUGUGCUUUUCUUUCUCCUCUUGAAACAAUACAACAAGUUUUGUGUGUGAAUUUUUUUAAUUUUAGAGAAACAUUGAUUUGUUGUUCCACUUAUUUAUGCAUUCAUUGGUUGAUUCUUGUAUGUGCCCUGACCGGGGAUUGAACCCACAACCUUGGUAUAUUGGGAAGGUGCCCUAACGACUUGAGCCACCAGGCCAGGUCUUAUGUGUGAACAUCUUAAGGAUAGCUUCAUGGUUCCUGAGAGUAAGUGGUGCAAGGUAACCCUCUGCUGCCGCUUUUUUGUUUUUCUAAAAGAGGAAACAAGUGCUUAUUAAGAUUGAUGGAUUUGGGAUUAAAAUCAUCCUGAGGUUACAAGCUAUAUAAGCCCACAAAUUUGGGGAACAUCCUGUCAGCUUUCUUUUGGCCUCCAAGUCUUUGUUUCUCUCGUGUGUCACUCGGUGACGUGGUACAGUUGGGGAGCAGCGUCUUCUGUGUGUCCUGCACGUGUCGGACGGCAGCCACACACCUGAAGGCGUGGUGCUGCUCUCCGAAACCCACCUGGGGAUGCAGGGCAUGGGGAGGACCUGUAGGUGGGGCACAGUCUACAGCUUCAUGGUCAAGGUAAACUAGAUUUCUAGUAGUAAAGUCGGAAAGUGUUUCUCAUUCAAAAUUUCAUCCUCUUAAAAAUCUAAGGAACAACUUCUGGAUGACCAGCUUUUCUGCAAGGAAAAUGUUCUUGAAGUUCUACUAAGGCCAGAAAGAAGCUAAAGCUCGUACUUGCUAGGUAGCACUAACUCUAACAAAGGUUAAAAACUACAAGGCUUGGGGUUGCCUACACUUCGUUCUCAAACAUGCAUGAGGUAGGUAGGACAGACUUAGAAGUAAAGGACUUGGCAAAAUCUCUGGACUCUCCUGAUCAGUGCAGAAUUACUGCCUGCCAUUUGCUUUCUGAAGGAGUUUCAAAAAAGUCAGAGCAACUGUGUCUUUAAGCAGACGCAGCGACUCAGUAAUGUCCCAGCCCACUCCCUUGGCCUUCCCGAGUCUCUGCUACUGCAGCCGCUCCAACCUGCGCAGCGUGCUGGGAAGCUUCCUUUCUGGUAGAGGGUGUUUGACGGCAAAGCUAUAGGGACAGGUGCAUUCAGAACAGCCAGGGCACGAGUCAUGAGUCUUAGUGUCAAAAAUCUGAACAUAGUUGCUGAGAACCAAAUUAUUUCUGUCAGAAAAACCCUCUGGAGCUGUAAGCUUCUCGGACUCUUCUUCUCAGAUGAGGGUUUGCAUUUCCCUUCCUGUCCGUCACCGAUCCUCACUGCCGAGUGGUGGGAGGAGGCAGCACCGCUCCCAGCUCUCCUCUGGUCUCAGCGCUGGAAGUCGCUGCAGGCUCUUAGCCUGGGUGCUCCUUCCCUAGGGGAGCUGUAGGCAGGUGGGCCAGCUAGAGAAGUUAGCUCUUGGAAGGACAGCCCGUUGAGACUAGCAGACGUUUGGGGCCAGGAGCCAGACUGGCAAAUGGAGGAUCCUUGGGGUUGACCCAAAAGACCUUCGCUGGUUGCACAAAGCUAUAAGUAGCAAUGGUCUUUGUCGGGCAGAAUUUGGUCCAGCGUGACGCCCAGUGGCACAGCUGCUGUUUGCUGGAAGUGAGACUUUCUGAGCUCAAACCAGUCUGUAAGAGAACUUCUGGCAGGUUUUGUUGGCAAUAUUGAAACACAUCUAGAAAAAGCUGCUGAUUGAAUUGGAUAUGGGGAUGGAGUUUAAUGACCUUGUAAUUUAUUACACUCUAAUUGCUGUUUAUCGAUCAUAGUAUUGUCUGACUUUACUCUGAUUCCUUCAGCAGAAAAGUAACUCUCGUGCAUAUACUGAAGUGUUUUUCUAGCUAUGCAUUCUUUAGGGUAGAGAUUUAUUUACCAAAUGUGAAUUCUUUUCAGGAAGUAUGAAGUUUUGUAGAGAUUGACUGUGAAUUGUCAGAGAAAAAUAAAGUCACUUACUUGAA